UCCUGAUUCGUGGACGAAGGUUGCCACUAUGUCGGAGACCGCGCCUGUUGCCGCUCCUGCUGUCUCUGCUCCCGGGGCGAAAGCCGCCGCCAAGAAGCCGAAGAAGGCGGCGGGCGGCUCCAAAGCCCGCAAGCCCGCCGGCCCCAGCGUCACCGAGCUGAUCACCAAGGCCGUGUCCGCCUCCAAGGAGCGCAAGGGGCUCUCCCUCGCCGCGCUCAAGAAGGCGCUGGCCGCCGGCGGCUACGAUGUGGAGAAGAACAACAGCCGCAUCAAGCUGGGGCUCAAGAGCCUCGUCAGCAAGGGCACCCUGGUGCAGACCAAGGGCACCGGCGCCUCCGGCUCUUUCAAGCUGAACAAGAAACCAGGUGAGACAAAAGAAAAGGCAACCAAGAAAAAGCCGGCAGCCAAGCCCAAGAAGCCGGCGGCUAAGAAGCCCGCCAGCGCUGCUAAGAAGCCCAAGAAGGCUGCGCCGGUGAAAAAGAGCCCCAAGAAAGCCAAGAAGCCGGCGGCCACAGCCGCUAAGAAAGCGGCCAAGAGCCCCAAGAAAGCCGCCAAGACGGGCCGCCCCAAGAAGGCAGCGAAGAGCCCGGCCAAAGCAAAGACGGUGAAGCCCAAAGCAGCCAAACCCAAGGCAGCAAAGCCCAAAGCAGCCAAGGCGAAAAAGGCGGCGCCCAAAAAGAAGUAGAACGACUGAGAAGAAAUUGCGUAUUCUACUCAUUUAAAUAAACCCAAAGGCUCUUUUAAGAGCCACCCAUUUUUUCUCGAAAAGAGCUGAAGCGCUACUGCAGGGGCAGCAGCGAACUCAAAACUUUUUAAGAAGAGUGGUGGGAAUUUGUACUUAAAUGAUGGUUACAGUUUUCAAAGCGUGUGAUUUCGGUACAGACUGCAUGGGGAGCCCUUGGCUUCCUUCGGGGGAGGAGUGUCCUAAUAUUCGGGAUCCCAGCGCCGGCCGCAGCCCAGGGCGGUGGCAGCGGCUCCGACCCCACUGAGCCCAGAGCGGCCCUUUGGCUCUGAGAAGUUUAAUGGAAUUUAAAAGUCCCGCGCUGGGUGGGGAUUGGCCCCUUCCACCCACCUGGCCCCGCCUUCCUUCCCACCAACC